ACAGGGACUUCCUACCCUGCCACGGACACCUCUGUCCAGCCCUGCUGCAUCACAAAGAACCCCCCCAGCCUUUCUCCCUCAGCUCACCCGCACCUUCUCCAGCCAAGGCAGCCCCUCUCCGCCUUGCUCCCGCCCUCAUUUUGGGCUCAUCCCUCCCCUCCUGCAUGAGGGGCCACUGGCUCCCCGGGGGUUGCAUGACUCUUUGGCGAUGAACGCGGCCAGAAGUGGCUACCGGGUCUUCUCGGCCAACUCCACCGCAGCCUCCACCGAGCUGGCGAAGAAGAUCACGGAGCGUCUCGGUGCUGAGCUGGGGAAAUCUGUGGUGUACCAGGAGACCAAUGGAGAAACAAGAGUUGAAAUAAAAGAGUCUGUCCGUGGACAGGAUAUCUUCAUCAUACAGACAAUCCCCAGAGAUGUGAAUACUGCUGUCAUGGAGCUGCUGAUCAUGGCCUAUGCACUGAAGACUUCCUGUGCCAGGAACAUCAUUGGGGUCAUCCCCUACUUCCCCUACAGCAAACAGAGCAAAAUGAGGAAGAGGGGCUCCAUAGUCUGCAAGCUGCUGGCUUCAAUGCUUGCCAAGGCAGGUUUAACACACAUUAUCACUAUGGACCUUCAUCAAAAGGAAAUCCAAGGCUUCUUCAGCUUUCCAGUAGACAACCUGAGAGCAUCCCCUUUCCUGCUUCAGUAUAUACAGGAAGAAAUUCCAGAUUAUAGAAACGCAGUUAUUGUAGCCAAAUCUCCUGGUGCUGCUAAAAGGGCUCAGUCCUACGCCGAGAGGCUGCGCCUGGGGCUGGCAGUGAUCCAUGGCGAGGCUCAGUGCACCGAGCAGGACAUGGACGACGGGCGGCACUCCCCUCCCAUGCUCAAAAAUGCAACUGUGCAUCCUGGCCUGGAGCUGCCAUUGAUGAUGGCCAAGGAGAAACCGCCAAUAACUGUGGUUGGAGACGUUGGAGGAAGGAUUGCCAUCAUCGUGGAUGACAUCAUUGAUGACGUGGAAAGCUUUGUAGCUGCUGCAGAGAUCCUGAAAGAGCGUGGAGCCUACAAGAUUUUUGUGAUGGCAACUCAUGGGCUCCUGUCAGCAGAUGCCCCUCGUCUCAUAGAGGAAUCUUCCAUUGAUGAGGUGGUGGUGACCAACACUGUUCCCCACGAGGUGCAGAAGCUGCAGUGCCCCAAGAUAAAGACUGUGGAUAUCAGUUUGAUCCUGUCUGAGGCCAUCAGGAGGAUCCACAACGGCGAGUCCAUGGCUUAUCUCUUCCGCAACAUCACCGUCGAUGAUUAGACCUGAGCCUGCCCCUGUCCUGGAUUCCACAAGAGAAGGAAAUCUGCAUGGAAAGGCAAUACCAUAAAACAUAGGCAUAACACAGCUGUUUAUUUUUGUAGGAGUGUUGAGGUUUUCAGGGUCUUGAGGCGUGAGAUCUAAUAGAAAAAAAAAAAAAAAUCAACCUGACCAGCACUUUACAAGUCAAUAGAAGGGGCCACUGGCAGUGGGGGGAAUUACACCUUAAUUGAGAGAGAUGGAGAAAUGAGGUGGUGUUGUUGAAUUUUUAAGUUCCUUUAAUGAUUUUUUUUUUUUUAGUGUGUUUUCUCUUGCCCUGUAGGGGCAGAAAGAAAAGCUAAACAGAAGUAGCUGUCAGCUUGUGAGAAGGGAACAGGGACUGCUCAUUGCUGUGUGGGCAGUGAGAGCAGCCUUUGGGGUUGUUUCUGCCUGUGUCUCACCCCAGAGCAUGGAAGGGAAUGUUCAGGCUGUGCUGCUGGCAGAGCUGAGCCAACAGCAGCUCUGUGCCAGCUCAGUGGCCUCUCCUCUCCUGCACAGCAGAGCAGGGACUUUCAUCAAAGCUCAGUGAGCAGAACAUCCCAAAGGACAGCUUAGGGCAACCCAUUGGCAGGGCUGCUGCCAUCCCUGGGGCAGGGAGCUGGGAAAGGCUCCUGUGUGUGUCCCAGCAGAGCAGGAGUGCUAGAUAAUGUGUUGGCCUUUUCAUUUUGCAAGCUUUGGAUCAUUAUUGCUCUUCAGUGAUGAAUCACGUGAGGGUCUUGCUCCUCUCUGGGACACUUGUCUGCACUGCAAAACCAGGCACAAUUUUUGGAGCUGCCUGGGGCUGAGUUUGUGGCAGAGUCUUGUGGGGAAGGGAAGUUGGAACAAUAUCUGCUUCUAAUGCAGCUGUGCUCUCCAAAACACUAACACUGAACCUGCAAUAAAAAGUGUAAGAUUUUUCA